AGCUCCUUCAAGUGUGAAGGAAGAAGAAAUUAAAAAGAAGCACUUUACUAGUCAUGUCUUCUUCUUCUACUACGACUGGAAAUAAUGUCUUUGAGGUUGGGGAGUACGUGACCUUGCUGGUCUCAGUGCAAGCACAGAGCUGCUGCUCCAAAUCAUCUCCGGCUAUAUCUGUUCCUCCGCCGAAGCCACUUUUGAUUGCGACGCCGUCGGCGAAAGGAGAUUUUCCGUUACUGCUGUUUCUUCACGGAUAUCUUCUCCACAAUUCUUUUUACUCUCAGCUUAUUCUUCACAUCGCCUCCCAUGGCUUCAUCGUUAUUGCUCCUCAGUUAUACACUGUGGCCGGACCAGACACCAGUGAGGAGAUCAAGGCUGCGGCAGCAAUAACAGAUUGGUUAUCAGCUGGGCUACAAUACGUGCUUCCACCAGAUGUAAGGCCAAGUCUAACUAAGCUUGGACUCGCCGGCCACAGCCGUGGUGGCAAGGCUGCCUUUGCUCUUGCUCUUGGAUACACCACUACUUCACUAAAGUUUUCAGCCUUAAUGGGUAUAGACCCCGUGGAUGGCAUGGACAAAGGGAAGCAAACUCCACCUCCGGUACUCACCUACGUCCCUCGCUCUUUCGAUCUCGAUAUGGCCGUGUUAGUCGUCGGCUCUGGUUUAGGAGAAGUGAAGAAGAACCCUCUCUUCCCUCCUUGUGCUCCCAAAGGUGUCAACCAUGAAGAUUUCUUCAAUGAGUGCCGUGCACCGGUGAGUUAUUUUGUUGUGAAAGACUAUGGUCAUGUAGACAUGCUUGAUGAUGACACUAAGGGAUUCAAAGGGAAAGCUACUUAUUGUUUUUGUAAAAAUGGAAAGGCAAGGGAACCCAUGAGGAGAUUUGUGGGAGGAGUGGUGGUUGCGUUUAUGAAAGCUUAUUUAGAAGGUGAUCACACUGACUUGAUGGCUAUAAGGGGAGGCAAAGAAAUUGGAGUACCUGUGGCGCUUCAAACUGUUAAGUUCCUUGUAUGAGAAAUUUUACAUUGUAUCAAUAUGUCGGAUCAAAGAACAUAGAUAAUAUUAUAAUAAAUAUUCGAUUAGACCAUACCUAGAUCUACAUCGUUUGU